AUGUUUGCAAUUGAGUUGGGUCAGCAUGCCAGGCUGACCCAUGUCAAGGGAACCAAAACCCCCUAUGGCUUCCGCCUGCAAGCAACGGGCUACACAGCCCUUGAGGACACCAUCACCACGGCUGUGGUCAGUGCGCUGGGAGCCACUGAGUUCGAAAAGCCCGGGUUCCUGCAGCUCUUGGUGGAGGAGGGAGACGCUGUGUAUGAGAUUGAGGAGGCCCUGUGGGUAAGGUUGCUAGAAAAGAGUAGGUUAGUUAGGUCACUUCAGAUAUCAAUAUAUGUUAUUAUCUACAGGUACGUCACUAUCUUCUAUGCACUGAGAUACCACAACAUCAUGACAGUGAGAAGAGCCGGCUGCAUUAUCGGGGGAAUCUGGACCUUCUGCACGGGCUGCGGGAUCGUCUUCAUCGUCUACUCAGACACCACCCCCGUCAUCAUCUGCCUGGUCUCCAUGUUCUUUGCCAUGCUGCUCAUCAUGGCCUCCCUCUACAGCCACAUGUUCAUGCUGGCACGUUCACACGUGAAGCGCAUCGCUGCCCUGCCCGGCUACAACUCCAUCCACCAGCGGGCCAGCAUGAAGGGGGCCAUCACGCUCACCAUCCUGCUGGGGAUCUUCAUCAUCUGCUGGGCCCCCUUCUUCCUCCACCUGAUCCUCAUGAUUUCAUGUCCACGCAACCUCUACUGCGUGUGCUUCAUGUCCCACUUCAACAUGUACCUCAUCCUCAUCAUGUGCAACUCUGUGAUUGACCCGCUCAUCUAUGCUUUCAGGAGUCAGGAGAUGAGGAAGACUUUUAAGGAGAUUGUUUGUUGUUACAGCCUGAGAAACAUCUGCGCUCUGAUAGGUAAGUAUUAAGAGAAACAGACUGAGAAGACCAAUGACAGGAUUUGUAGGAUGGAGCCUGGUCAGCCCUCAAGAAGACAUGGGAAAGGGAUCUAAAUAUUACACUGGUUGAUGAGGAGUGGGACAGAAUUUGCGAUGUGAGGGUACAACUGAUCCAGUUCAAGAUUAUGCAUUGCUUCUCUUGGACUCCCUCCAGAUUGUUUAGACUUGGUUUGAAAGACACACCAAAUUGUUUGAAAUGUAAGACAGAGGACAGCCUAUGUCCUAUGAUCUUGUGAUAAGGUCCAGGAAUUUUGGACUGGGCUACAUGAUAACCUAUGUCAGAUUGCAGGGACCCAGGUUCCAUUCAGCCCAAGAUUAUUUGUUCUAGGAGAUGGAUCAAUCCUAAGCGUACUGUGGAGAGACAUAUAAAAUGUGCUAUUGUUUUGUCAUAUAUAGUUAUG